UGUCUUCAUAUUGUCAUAUAUAAAAGUAUAAUAAACUUAUGUUUUUCUUCCAAAUUUUAUUUUUUGACAUCCGAAGACCCCAUUUUGAUUCAAAAUCAGAUAGAAAACAGCAAUUUACUGAGAUUGGUGACAGCAUAUCGAAGACAUGGACACAGAAAGGCAGCCCUUGAUCCCCUAGGGAGACUAAAACCACAGGAAUGUGCAGAAUUGGAUCCUGUCUACUAUGGGUUAGGUGAGGCUCAGUACACUGCUCACAAUCUUUAUGGCAUCCUGCACAGUGGAUCAGAGUCUGCCACCACUGAAGAGGUCUUGCAGUUCUUGGAACAAACUUACUGUGGAAACAGUGCAGUGGAAUUUGAACAUUUGCCUUCACUGGAAGAGAGGAACUGGUUUGCCAAAAGAUGGGAAGAAAGCCAAUUUGAAGAAAUUUCGAAGGAUAAAAAGAUUGCAUUAGCAAAACUUAUGCUUAAGUGUCAGGCUUUUGAUCACUUUCUUCAUACUGAAUUUUCCACUGUGAAGCGGUAUGGAGGUGAAGGAGCAGAGAGCAUGAUGGGAUUUUUUCAAGAAAUAUUUGAAAGAUCUGCUGAGUUUAAUAUUCAGGAUGUUAUAAUUUCUAUGCCUCACAGAGGAAGACUCAACUUGCUGACAUGCAUGCUCAAAUUUCCACCAGUGCAGAUGUUUCAGAAGAUGAAAGGCAUCAGUGAAUUUCCUCCUCGUGUGAAAGGCAGUGGGGAAGUAUUACAUAAUCUAACUUCUUCAGUAGAAUUAAAUUAUGGUGAAAAGAAGAUCUGUGUCACAAUGGUUCCAAAUCCAUCUCAUCUGGAGGCCAGCAAGCCAGUAGCUGUUGGUAAAGCCAGAGGAAGACAACAGACACUUAAAGAUGGAGAUUACUCUGAUGACCCAGCUGCUGUGAUGGGGGAUAAGGUGCUGUGUCUACAAGUCCAUGGAGAUGCAGCAUUCUCUGCACAGGGUGUGGUUGCAGAAACCUUUGCCAUUGCCAACACUCCACAUUUCACUGUGGGAGGAAGUGUGCACCUCAUAAUUAACAACCAGCUGGGAUUCACUACACCAUCUGAGAGGGGAAGAUCAUCUCUGUAUUGCAGUGAUGUGGCAAAAAUGAAUGCUUGUCCAGUGAUACAUGUAAAUGGAGAUUACCCUGAGGAAGUAAUUAGAGCUACCCAGCUUGCCAUGGAAUACAGACAGAAAUUUAGAAAAGACAUUGUGAUAGACCUCAUCUGUUUUAGAAAAUGGGGGCAUAAUGAGUUAGAUGACCCGUCUUUUACCCAGCCACUUAUGUAUGAAAUCAUCAAGAACAGAGCUAACAUACCAGAUCUCUAUGCAACAAAUAUUGUAGUAACAGGUCUUUGUUCUAAGGAGGAGUUGGACUUAGCAGUAGCCAGUUGGAAUAAAGAACUCAAUGAUGAAAUGACCAAUAUUGAUACUCACAUUCCCAAGGCGUAUCACUUGGAGAAGAACUGGUCAGGUUAUGUCCAAGCACCUGCCAGUCAAACAACAUGGGACACUGGGGUGCCCACUGAUCUCCUGAAGUAUAUUGGUGCUAAGUCUGUGGCAGUACAGGAUGAUGUGGCAGUUCAUAAUACGCUUUCUAAGCAUCACAUUGACAAGCGUGUUCAGCAGUUAGAGGAUGGGUCUAAUUUGGACUGGGCAACUGCUGAAGCCUUGGCCAUAGGCUCUUUACUUUGGCAAGGUUACAAUGUGAGAUUUUGUGGGCAAGAUGUUGGGAGGGGCACUUUCAGCCAUCGUCACAUGAUGCUGGUCGACCAAUCACACGAUGGGAUUGUUAUUCCUCUGAACCACAUGACGGAUCAUCAAAAGGGGUUUCUAGAGGUCUGCAACAGUGCUCUUACAGAACUUGCAGCUCUUGGCUUUGAAUAUGGAAUGAGUACAGAAAAUCCCACAUCUUUAGUCAUUUGGGAGGCACAGUUUGGAGAUUUCUUCAAUGGAGCUCAAGUUAUAAUUGAUACGUACAUUGCCUCCGGUGAAACCAAAUGGCUCCUACAGAGUGGCUUGGUGAUGUUGCUACCCCAUGGUAUGGAUGGUGAAGGCCCUGAGCAUUCUUCAUGUAGAAUUGAAAGAUUCUUACUGCAAUGUGAUAGCAAAGAAGAUGGUUUUGAUGGGGAUGAUGUCAACUGGCAUAUUGUAAAUCCCUCAACACCUGCCCAGUAUUUUCAUCUCCUCAGGAGGCAGAUGGUGCGGAAUUUCAGAAAACCUCUUAUUGUGGCCUCUCCUAAGAUGAUAUUGCGGCUUCCUGCAGCUACGUCAAGUAUGUUGGAUCUGGCACCAGGCAAGACAUUCUGUCCAGUACUGGGAGACAAUGAAAUAGAUGGCAAUGCUGUCAAGAGGGUAGUGUUCUGUUCUGGGCAGCACUACUAUGCCUUGCAUAAACAGAGGGAAACAGUUGGAGCUAAAGAUACUGCACUUAUCAGACUUGAGUGUCUCUGUCCAUUCCCAGCAAAAUCUCUUAUGCAAGAAUUGAACAAAUACAAAAGUGCUACAGAAUUCAUUUGGAGUCAGGAGGAACACCAAAAUUCAGGAGCUUGGUCCUUUAUAGCCCCAAGAUUUGAGAAAGUUGUUGGCUGCAAGCUGGCAUAUGUGGGUCGUGGACCGCUGGCAGCACCUGCAGUUGGCAUUGGACAAGUGCACCAGAGAGAAGUUCUGGACAUAUUGGAAAGAACAUUUGCUGAAAAAAAAUAUAACUAUUUCAGAGCAAGGUGCUGAUAAAAUAUGGGUU